AGAGAAUUUUGUCUCUGUUUUCAUCUCUGAUUUUUUUCUUCCUUGUUUGAUUUCUCCACAGGUGAAGGACCAAGAGUUCCCCUACAGGAAGAACCUGGCUCGCGUGUUAAUCGAGGUGGAAGAUAUAAAUGACCAUGUUCCUAUAUUUACAAGUGCGCUGUAUGAGGGCCAAGUGUAUGAGUCAGCAGCAGUGGGAUCAGCUGUGGUCCAGGUAACUGCCCUUGACAAGGAUAAAGGAGCGAACGCAGAGCUACACUACUCCAUUGAAGCAGGAAACACUGGAAACGCUUUCAGUAUCGAGCCAGUUUUGGGUCUCAUCACGGUGGCACGUGACCUGGACCUGUCAAACAUAGGUCAUUACGUCCUCACCGUCAGAGUCACUGAUAACGGCGCCCCGCCGCUCUCUACAACUACUGUGGUGCGCGUCGCUGUCACGCUCUCUGACAACGCUGGCCCGAAGUUCCCCCAGCCCGAGUACCAGGCGGAGAUCUCUGAAAAGGCAAUGAUUGGUACGUCUGUGACCACGGUCAUGGCGGUCAGUCAGUCCACGCUCACCUAUGACAUCAAAAAAGGAAACACCGACCGUGUUUUCCAAAUUAACCAAUACAGUGGAGUCAUUACUACUCAGAACCUUCUAGACUUUGAGACUACGUCGUCCUACACCCUGAUCAUCAGGGCUAGCAACAUGGCUGGCAUGUCGUCCAACGUCACCGUGGUGAUCCAGGUAGUGGAUGAAAAUGACAACCCGCCAGUGUUUCAGCUGCUUCAUUAUCUCGGCAGAAUCAGCGAGGCG